UAUAUGGGGGGGCUGCGGUGUGGUGUGCGUUAUUCAUAUUUAUUAGGUUCACUGAAACUCUGUUUAGCUUUCAGGACAGCAUCUUUGUCUCCCAAACACCCAACUUGCAUUCUGCGAGGUAAUUUGAAGCUGGGUGCCUGCAGCUGACUGAAUUUACUGUUGGGUGGGAAGGUUGGUCCCUGUCCUGGCACAACUGGUUCCUGUCCUGGCUGUCCUCUCUACCAUACUGUUACUUACAUGAGAGCCUGUAAUCAAGUUCUGUGUAUGAUGCUUAAAUUGGCUUUCCUCUUUUGAUACUAUCUUCACUUCCUCUUUCUUGGACAUCUUAAGCAAUGUCUAUAUAAGUGAAGAGUAAUGCUAGCUGAAACCUGUUAAAAUUUAACCACACCCACUGAGUCAUGCCAUAAGAUUUUCCCUAUCAGACUAAUCUCAAAAAUGUUUUGGGCUUUUUGGUAACAAAGGAAGUAGCUGUCCUCCACCCAACAAAUAGGGGAUUUUGGAGGGGAGUAAAGAGGGAGUAUGACUUAAAAUAACCAGCAGUGAUGUAUAUUAUUUUUUUCUUUGGUCUGUCAGAUUCUUUUGAAACAUCCUUCUGCCUAAAAGUGUCUAUUCUGCUCCUUCAGGAAGGUGAAUUAGUCUUUCACUGGUCUCUAGUAUAUUGAGUUGACAAAUACCAGAUUCUUCUUUGUCAGACUGUUGACAGAACUAAGUGGCAUGAUUUUUAUUCUUCUUAAAGUAUAAACUGAUGAAGGCCUUUUUCUCUGACUCUAGCAGAACAGAGGAGCAGCGAAACUAAAGAGAAUUUGCCAAUGGCUUCCAUCAGCACCAUGAUAUUUAAUGACUUGUGGCGUUUGUAGCACAGAAAUAGCUAGUAUCAUAAAACCUGAUGUUUGGUGACUAAUGUGUGGUGCUCUGCUUGGCUGGAUGUUGAGGUGGCUGUACCUGAGCAAGCAAAUUUGAGCUAGGUACACUUGCAGCAGUUGUACUGUACGUUAAUCCUUUUCUUCUGUUCAGGAGUAGUAUUAAUUCCUGUUGGAAGUGAGGAUUGCUGCUGUAGGAACUGCUAUAAACAUAUGCAAAGACAGUAACCUUGCUUAUAGCUUCUGGCAAAUCCUACAUUGUCAUUAAUUGUCUGAAUUUUGCCUCUACAUCAAAAUAGCUCCUAAGAAGUUCUGCUCCACUGGGUUCCCUUUCCUACUGCACAUCUUACAGUUCUCAUGGCUCUUGACUUGCCUUCUAGAUAUCUAUCUCUUGAUCUUGCACUUUGAGUACAUUCUAGUUUAGAGGUGCUGCAUGCAGUGAAGACGUGGCUGAAGUUUUGAUUCCACUGUAUCUGAACCAAAGUUAUGCACAGGGGAAUGAGUUAUGAUAUAAAGGGAAUAACCUUACAGAGAUUUAAGAUAAUGACCAUCACAAGUUCUGUUGUCAAACUUAAGAUACCUAGUCCUCAAUUUUCAUUAAAUACUUUUAAAAUACAAAAAAGACUUGUUUCCAAUUAAAAAAAAAAAAGAGAAAUUCAAAUCAGUAACUUCCAAGCAAUACAUGGGAAGUGCACUUAUGUAUUUAGUCUUUUAAAAGUCUAAUCGAAGCCUGAACUAUAAAUAACGAAGGGUGGGAAUAGUGUUAAAGAAUGAGGACAAUUUCAACUUUGUCGUCCUGUGGCUGUAAUUUUAAGUGUGGGAAAGUGGAGCUUGUUUAACCAGCUUGCUAACAAACAGUCUGAUCUAUUGCUAGAGAAGUAGAUUUCCUUCAAUGUUGUAAAGUCCGUAUGGACAGAUGUAAUUUAGUGUCUUACUAUGCUAAAAGCUUACUGAUUUCAUGACUCUUCCUGAAACCUAUUUGUUUCCUGUUGGAAAAUAACCUUCUCUGCUAGUAACUUAUAAGAAUUGUUCAAAGUGUAAUUUUUUAAAAAAAUAAGGAAAAAAAAAAAUGAAAAAGAUACCUGGAUGUAGAAGAUGCAACCAUAUGAGAGAAUAAAAAGUUAAUUAAUCCACGGUAUCAUAUCUAUUGUUGGAAGUAGGUAUGUAUACAACUCAUGAAGAGGCUCUCUUUUGAUAGUCCACUUUCAGUUCCAACAAGGAUUUAUGAUAAAAAGAUGCAAAUCUUCCUACUUGCAAACUCUCGCAGUCCUGUACCACCUGCUUAACAUUGUGCUGUGGGCACUGAUAUUCUUACUACUUUUAUUCUCUACAGAAAGAAAUCCAAGCUGAAUAUGCUGCUAGUCCGACUUAGCAUGAGGACAGCUGGUCUGAUUUAGCGUGUCAGUUGUAAGCCUGGGCAAAUAAAGAAAUCUCUGUAGUAAAGAAGACAAACUGGAACACAGAGAACACAAACAGUUUAGAGUGGGCGCAAAAUUCUUUGCGGAGCCAAACUGAAAAUUUUCUGGCAAAAAUUAAACACACAGAGAAAAAAAGGCUUCCUUUGGUUCAGUCCAAAAUUUUGAGUCAGAUGUUAUUGACAUAGCUUUUGAAGAGAGGAAGCUAGUGUAUCUUCCUCUCUUUGUUCCUUAAAAUGAAUUUUUUCAUAGUGGUCUUAGACAAAUUUGUUAAAGCACUGAAAUUAGAUUUUACAAUAUUUAGAAAAUCAUACUUCUUUUUCUCUGAAACUGUUUAUUGAAUUCAGCAUUCCUGUGCAAAUAAUUUUAGGUCCUACUAAAUAAGUGGUUUUGGCAAACACGGACUGGAGAAACACCUAAUUCUAAUCGAGAAUUGCUUUUCUCCUGAGGAAAAAUACAGGUUUAAAACAUGUUAAUGUAUUUAGGUUUAAAUCAACAUGAUUAUGUAUCUUCUGAAUCCUUUAGCACCAACAGUCUGAAAUGCUGUUCUGCAUUCUUACUGCCUUGUAGUGUGUGUUUGACCACACAAGGGCCACAGCCUGCCUGCCUUUAACAACUGUGCAGAAUCUGCUCUUAAAUGAGUUGCCAUCAAAUACUAAAUGCAUAUAUGUAUUCCUCCUGAAUAAGUUGUUGUCUGAAAGAAAGCCUGAGUUUCUCUUCCAUCUCUUCUUUUUGCCUGCUCAUGUGGUUUUCAACACAGUACAUCUACUUUAAACUUCUAAAAUGAGCUGUUUCACAGAUUAACCUUUCUUGGCUUUAGUGCCUUCUUGCAGAAGUGGAGAUAUUUAUCUGAUGGGUUCUGUUCCGAGUUGUGUCUGGCAGAUUUGAUUGGAACAUUCAGAUCCUGUGUUUAAGAAAAUUUCUUACAGAGAAUAUGAAGUGGAUUUUAAAAAAGAAAAGCCAGCAAAUAUAUUUUCAGGACUUCUGGGACCAACUCUGCGUGCUGAAGUGGGAGAUACUUUAGUAGUUCACCUUAGGAAUAUGGCUGACAAGCCAGUCAGUAUUCAUCCCCAAGGCAUAGUUUACAGCAAAAAUACUGAAGGCUCCCUGUAUGAUGAUAGAACAUCAUCUGCAGAAAAACGAGAUGAUGCUGUACUUCCAGGCCAGGUCUACACAUAUGUGUGGGAUAUAACAGAAGAAGUUGGUCCAAGAGAAGCUGACCUUCCUUGUCUUACUUAUGCAUAUUAUUCUCAUGAGAACAUGGCAAUGGAUUUUAACUCUGGUCUGAUUGGAGCACUGCUUAUCUGUAAGAAAGGAAGCCUAAAUGAGGAUGGGUCACAGAAACUUUUUGACAAGGAGUAUGUGCUGAUGUUUGGUGUGUUUGAUGAAAACAAGAGUUGGCAAAAAACAGCAUCACUCAAGUACACAAUCAAUGGCUAUACUGAUGGAACAUUACCAGAUUUAGAGGCCUGUGCAUAUGACAACAUUAGCUGGCAUUUGAUAGGCAUGAGUUCCAAGCCAGAAAUUUUCUCCAUUCAUAUCAAUGGCCAGUCCAUGGAGCAAAAACACCGCCGAGUUUCUACUGUUAACCUAGUGGGAGGAGCAUCAACCACAGUAAACAUGACAGCGGUUGAGGAAGGAAGGUGGCUGAUAUCUUCUCUUGUCCAAAAGCACCUUCAAGCUGGAAUGCACGGUUACCUCACUAUAAGAGACUGUGGGGACAAAGAGGUGAAGAAGAGUCGUCUCUCCUAUAAAGAACGUCUUAUGGUCAGAAACUGGGAAUAUUUCAUUGCUGCAGAAGAAGUUACUUGGGAUUAUGCCCCAAGUAUUCCAGACAGCCUUGAUAGACACUAUAAAGCGCAGCACUUGGACAACUUCUCAAAUCUCAUAGGUAAAAAGUAUAAAAAGGCUAUUUUUAGGCAAUAUACUGAUGCCAGCUUCACUAAACGUCUUGAAAAUCCUCGUCCCAAGGAAACUGGAAUCUUAGGCCCUAUUAUCAGAGCUCAACUCAAUGACAAAGUCAAAAUUGUAUUCAAAAAUAAGGCCAGUCGACCCUACAGCAUUUACUUCCAUGGAGUGACACUUUCAAAAAAUGCAGAAGGAGCUGAUUAUCCUCUGGAUCCCACAAGCAAUGGCACCCAGAGUAGAGGAAUUGAACCUGGGAAGACUUACACUUAUGAAUGGAAAAUUGCUAAAACAGACCAACCCACUGAACAGGAUGCACAAUGUAUUACAAGGCUAUAUCAUAGUGCUGUAGAUAUUGAGAGAGAUAUAGCCUCUGGACUGAUUGGCCCACUUCUGAUUUGUAAAAGUGAAGCACUGACACAGAAGGGCGUGCAGAAAAAGGCAGAUGGGGAGCAGCAGGCAAUGUUUGCUGUGUUCGAUGAAAACAAGAGCUGGUACAUAGAGGAUAACAUCAAGAACUACUGCAGCAACCCUGCCAGUGUUAAAAGGGACGAUCCCAAGUUCUAUAACUCGAACAUAAUGCACACAAUAAAUGGCUAUGUGUCUGACAGCAGUGAAGUCCUUGGAUUUUGCCAAGAUAACGUGGUUCAGUGGCACUUCUCCAGUGUUGGCACUCAUGAUGAGAUUGUCUCUGUUCGCCUUUCUGGGCACUCUUUUCUGUAUCAAGGGAAAUAUGAAGAUGUGUUGAACCUUUUCCCAAUGAGUGGAGAAUCAGUCAUAGUGGAAAUGGACAAUGUUGGUACCUGGCUUUUGGCAUCCUGGGGUACCCCAGAGAUGAGUUAUGGCAUGAGGCUGAGAUUCAGAGAUGCCAGAUGUGACUAUGAGGAAGAUUACACAUUUGAUGUUGUGGAUUUCACUUACACCAAGACUGAUAAAAAGGCUCUUUCCACUUCAGUUGAAGAAGGUGUGCGAGAAGAAUAUGAAGGAGAUAAGGAGGAUUUGGAUUAUCAGGAUUACCUGGCUUCUUUUUACUCCAUCCGAAGCUCAAGGAAGGCAACAGGCAAUGAAGAAAAACAAAACCUUACAGCACUGGCCUGGGAACAGUAUGAACGCACUGAUGGCAUGAGUUCUGAGAUGGCAGCUGGCUCAGGUCUGGCAGCUAUAAAUAGUAGUGAAUCUGCAAACACCUCAGAAUACCUAGAAACUCGUAUCACUCCUCCUCCCCCAGUUGAGGUUGAAACAUUCCAGUCAAAUCACACAUCAGUCACAGCAGAAGAGGACUUAUUUUUAGCUAGCACAAGUGAUGGAAAGGCUGACUCUGUAUUUGAGAAUAGAAGCCAAAGCAAUUAUGGAAUAGAUCACGAUAACGUGUCUGCAGGUGAACACUUGUUGAGCAAUGAGGAAGGCCAGAUUAACAUUGCAGAAGAACUUCCAACUGGUGGAAAGGACAGUAAUUUUUUUUCAGAAAAGCAUCAAGAGGAAAGCAUAGGAAGAGGAAAUUAUAACAUUAACAGUAAAAGAAAAAGGCGAAACACACUGGCCAUGAAGUUUUACGCUGUUCAAAAGAUGAAUGCCCUUUUAAAUCAUGUACGAAAUAAAAAUGUUUCAUUUUCUGACACAACAAGUGCACCUUACCCUGUGCAUCAUGCAGAAAACACAUCUGAUACAGACACGGUGGGAACUGGCCAGCUUCCACAUGAUUACGAUGAUGAACUGGAAGAAGAGGAAACAAAGAUGGAAAAUGCCAUGAGUGCAGUUAACCUGACGCUUGCUUUGGACCUCACUGUAGAUGUGUCUAAUGCAUCCAAUCUCUCUGAACCCAAGCUAUCCAAAGAUAAACAAGCAGACACUUUUUCUUUAGAUCAUACAUUAGGCAGUAUAAGCCCUGAUUCCAACCCUGCACUAGUGAAGAAAUUACUGGAAGCAUUGUUGCCUAGGACUGGGAAAUACUCAUCCAAAAUGACAAAUGAGGAAUGGAAUUUGGUGUCUGCAAAGGGGAGCCUGGGCUUAGAGGCAGAUUUAGAUAAAUCUCUUAGUGGUAAGUUAAAUCAUCGUGGCAGGAAUGGGACAGAAUUCAUAAAUAAGAAGCAUAUGAAGAAGUAUCAAGUGCUCUCACAUCUCAUGGGAGAAAAGCAGAAAAGGAGGCACAUGCACCCAACUCUGAAAGGAAAGUUGGGGAGCAAGAAUGAUACUUGGAGCACAUCUGGAACCUUCAUCAAGAUCCGAAGGAAGAAGAAGGAAUAUCCAAAAAUGACUCACUUGCUGAGCCCAAGGAGUAAAAAGCCCCAAAAAAUAACCAAUUCUAUGGCAGGGUUUGGCCGUACAUUGUUUUUGGGUGAGACCAACCACACAACACUGCCGUGUUGUGCUAAUACCACAGGGGCACCCAGUGAGGCCAACCAUACAGUGGAUCUGAGUAGAGCCAGGCACCGAGAGUCGCUAAAUUACACGCUCACCCCACGGCAGCUUAAGCCAUCAAUCAUGAUUGGGCUUCCCCAGGAAAAUGGAGACUACGAAUAUGUUACGGAAAGGUCUUACAGCGAGGAAACAUCGGGUGGUGAAUACGAAUACCACUAUGUGAGCUUUGAUGACCCAUACAUGACAGACCCAAAAGUGAAUAUCAAUGAACAACGUAACCCUGACAACAUUGCUGAGCAUUACCUGCGAAGCAAAGGGAACGAGCGGAGAUACUAUAUUGCAGCUGAAGAGGUCUGCUGGAACUAUGCAGGAUAUAAAAAAAGUACAAUGAUGAGUGACAAAACCUGUAAAGAUGGCAGCACAUAUAAGGUGAUUUUCCAAAGCUAUACAGACAGUACCUUUACGACUCUUCAGGAUGAAGAUGAAUAUAAAGAACACCUCGGCAUCCUGGGGCCGGUUAUCCGGGCUGAAGUGGACGAUGUUAUCCUAGUUCAUUUUAAGAAUCUAGCAUCCAGACCAUAUUCUCUCCAUGCUCAUGGACUCCUCUAUGAGAAGUCCUCCGAGGGAAGCAUUUAUGAUGAUGAAUCUACUGCUUGGUUUAAGGAAGAUGAUGAAAUUCAGCCAAAUAACAGCUAUAUAUACGUAUGGUAUGCAAACAGGCGAUCAGGACCUCUGCAGUCAGGAGCAGCUUGUCGGUCCUGGAUCUACUACUCUGAUUUAAAUCUGGAGAAAGAUAUUCACUCUGGUUUGAUUGGGCCAAUACUGAUCUGUCAAAAAGGAACCUUCAGUAACUCAAACAGCAGGACAUCAACCCGAGACUUUUUCUUGCUUUUUAUGGUCUUUGAUGAAGAGAAAAGCUGGUACUUUGACAAACGUUCCAGAAGACCUUGUACUGAGAAGACCCAAGAAAUGCAGCAAUGCCACAAAUUCUAUGCCAUUAAUGGGAUUACCUACAAUUUGCAAGGCUUGAGGAUGUAUGAAGGUGAACUAGUCCGAUGGCAUUUGCUGAAUAUGGGUGGGCCAAAAGACAUUCAUGUUGUUCAUUUUCAUGGACAGACCUUCAUAGAACAAGGAGAACCAAAGCAUCAGCUUGGUACAUACACACUCCUUCCAGGCUCAUUUAGAACAAUUGAAAUGAAACCACAGAGACCUGGCUGGUGGCUAUUAGACACUGAAGUGGGGGAAUAUCAGCAAGCAGGAAUGCAGGCAUCCUAUCUGGUUAUAGAGAAAGAGUGCAGGAUUCCAAUGGGUCUAGCGAGUGGAGUUGUACUCGAUUCGCAGAUUGACGCUUCACAUCAUAUAGACUAUUGGGAACCUAAGUUAGCCCGAUUAAACAAUUCUGGAACAUACAAUGCUUGGAGCACUACAAUGAAAAAUGGAGAAUUCCCCUGGAUCCAGGUGGACUUUCAAAGACAAGUUCUGUUAACUGGGAUACAGACACAGGGAGCCAAGCAGUUUUUCAAGUCCUUGUACAUCCAGAAGUUCUUCAUUGUUUACAGCAAAGACAAAAGGAAGUGGAGCACCUUCAAAGGAGACAGCUGUCCUGCACAAAAGAUUUUUGAAGGUAAUUCUGAUGCCUAUGGGGUAAAAGAGAACAUCAUUGAUCCCCCUAUUAUUGCUAGGUACAUCAGAGUCUAUCCAACCGAAUCCUACAACAGGCCUACUCUUCGCAUGGAGCUUCUGGGCUGUGAAGUAGAUGGUUGCUCUUUGCCACUUGGAAUGGAAAAUGGAGAGAUCAAAAAUACUCAGAUAACAGCCUCCUCUGUUAAGACAUCCUGGUUUAACACAUGGGGCCCUUCACUUGCUCGUCUCAAUCAGAAAGGAAAGAUAAAUGCCUGGCGGGCCAAGCUGAACAACAGCCAACAGUGGCUGCAAAUCGAUCUCCUCACGGUUAAGAAGAUAACUGCUAUUGCUACCCAGGGGGUCAAGUCUGUAUCUGCUGAAAACUUUGUGAAAACCUAUGUUAUCCUGUACAGUGACCAAGGCUCAGAGUGGAAAUCCUAUACAGAUGGUUCAAGCUCAGUGGCAAAGGUUUUCCUGGGUAAUGAAAACAGCAGUGGGCACGUCAGGCAUUUCUUUAACCCACCCAUCUUGUCCAGGUUUAUCCGCAUUGUUCCAAGAACAUGGUAUAAUGGUAUUGCCCUCCGGGUAGAACUCUAUGGCUGUGAUUUUGGUGGAGGUCUGGCUGUGAAAAGGACUGAUGAGUCUGGGAGUUCUUAACCUUUUGGCAACAUCAUGGAGAACAAUUUAAAAAAAAAAAAAAAAAAAAAACAAAAAAAAACAAAACCUUCAGAAAAUCAUAUUUAGUAGUUUGCUUCCUCAAAGUACCUUAUUGUGGUGCCAGCAAGAACUGAGAGAGAUCUAUCUGGCAGACGUUUCAUUCCUACAAAUACAUACUUUAGGAAACAGCUUCUUUGGGGAGAAAUAGCAGUCCCUUCUUAUCUGUAUUAUCACUUCUUCAUUCUAACCAGUACUCUGUAUUUCUUUUUACUUAAUUUUAAAUUCUAAAUCCCUAGGGAUGGAGUCUCUGGCCUUAAUCCUGAGCCCUGAUUAUCUCCAUUUUGUAAUGCUUCUGCAGGACAGAGGAGGAAUAGAAAGCUACAGAAAGUGGAUGUUCUCCAUACAUAGGGCUGAGAGGGAAAACCAGUGCAGAUACGGAGCUGUGGUGCUGCAUUCCAGCAGUGCCUCGGUAAGAAAUGAUGUGUGGGGGUGAGGUCACCCCUACAGUCUUUCAUCUACACUGCAACAAAGGUAGAAUGCACCCCAGCACGGAAGCCUGUGCAGCCCCUUCUCGGGGAACGUGGGCUCACAUUAUUGAUUUGGUUCUUACAUACCCAGCACACCUGAAAUGCUGUGGAUUUCACAUCAUUCAUCUUUGGUGCUCUGGCAAGGGGAAGGGGGGGUCCGUAAUAUCUGUCUUUCCCAGAAAUAAGAAGGGAAGUGAUUUAACCCGGAUUAUGGUAGGUCAUGGAAUGGCAAUGGUAAAACCAGAGUGAGAAUCUAGAACUUCUGACACUCAGUCCCAUACAGGCUUUUAGUCCGUGUGGAGGGGAAUCUCCCUUGAUUAGGAAGGUAUUGAGAACUGUAGCUGUUCAGCGAGAAUACAACCUGGUGGUGGCAGGAAAUGGUUAGGUGAAACGAAGUCACAAACAUCUGCACCUUCUUUACCAUUUAGCUCUGACAGUGUUUUCACUAACGGAACUACUCCUGUGAAGAGAGUAUACAUGGAUUUUUCCCAGGAUGACCACAUCUGGUGAAAAUGUAUAUACACAGUCUAUGAACUCAUUAUUCCAGCAAUGUUUUAGCUAAGCUUUCAGUAGUGUUUUUGGCUUUUAUCCUGUAAAUUGUUUAAUUGCAGAACUUCCACUUUUCACACUAGGUACCAUUCAGCAGGGUGGAUUUUUCAAAGUAGUCUGUCUUUGAACCUCAUAUGGUGUCAUCCAAGUUAUUUCAGUAGUUUUUCAAUUCUUGUAUCUUGCAGACCAUACAUUUCAAAAUGAAGGUAUAGAACAGGAGUUGAAAAAGUAUAAAAACUAAACAAAUAUUUUCUCUUUUUUUACUAUGCCAAAAACUGUUGUCAUUUUUCACUGGAAAAUAAAGAUAAUAUUGUAGCAUGAAAAACAUCAACAUUUUAUUUUGUGUAUUUGCCUUGACAGUAGUACCUAUAUGACAACAAUUAGUGAAAUUUUGUGUCAUGAAAGUGGAAUUUUCACCUUGAUGGGAAUUUUCAGUGCUAAUUAGAAUUAAUUUCAAAUGGUGAAGCUGUGUGAAUAAUUGCUUCAUCUUAAAAGAUCAGUUUCUUAAUAUUUUGUAAUGGUGCUUAAUUUAUUUUUGUUUGAUACAGCUGUGAAAUUGCAAUAUGAGCCAUAUUCAGUAAAAAAAAAAGAAAAAAAAAUAAACUUUGGAGUUGGGCUUUACACCAGAAAACAGA